AUGGCCAUCAACCAGACACAUGUUCAUCCUCACUACACGUUACCUGGGGUAAUGCACUACCUGCAAACAGAGUUCACCAAGAAUGAAAGAGAUAGAAUCACAUGGGAGCUGGAAAGAUCGGAAAUGAAGGCAAGAAUUGCUGAACUAGAGGGCGAAAAUAGGGACUUGAAACACCAAUUGAACCAAAUGAAACCGAAAUCUGUUUCUGCUGAAGGUGAAAGGGAAGUAAAGUCUGUAUCUGAUUCAUUAUUGAAAUCCAAGCUGGCCGUUCAAGAAAACGUUAAGGAAAUUAUCUAUUUGCUAAAAAGCCCUAACACGGUUAAUCAGUUAGAGUCACUAAAUAGCAAAGAUGCUGGCGCCCACUUGCAUGAGUUGGAGAAACUGAACGUCAAUACACCUAUUGAUGACGAUGUGGGCGCAAAUGGAAUGGAUAUUUUAAAUAAUGCUCUUUUGGAUAAACCCAAACAAGACUCUCCAAGGGUGUCAUCGCCGACUGAAGUGAAAUCUUUGUUUAGUACAACUAGUAAGCGUGAGAGUAGUGAGACGGUAUCGAAAAUUCAAUCUGAUUUGCAGAAAGUUGAUCUCAUCAGCUCUUUCGGCGAUCUCGUUGCACUUUAUGAUGCAGACAGUAGAUCAUUGGAAAUUCAUCAAGUGGAUCCCAACUUAAAAUCCAAAUCUGUUACGAAGAUUUCUAUAGGGAAAGAUUGCAAUAUUUUAAAAUUUUUAUGGGUUUCAUCCUCCAAAUUCUUUAUUGUUGAUAAUAGUUUGCACUUGAAAUUAUACUCUAUUUCCAGUGCAUCCUUGAUUUCUGAUUUGAACCUAUUACAAGACUCAAAAAACCCUUUUUCGCUCGAUGAUAUCAUCAACAUCGAUUUCAAGAACAAAUGGCUGUUGAUAGCCGGUAACAAUAAACCGCAAAUUAAGAUCUGGGAACUAGGUAAUAUAGAUGCCACUGAAGAUGUUCCAAUUAACAUAAAAGAAGUAUACGGCAUAGAACAUGAUAAUGAAUAUGACGAUAAUAAUGAUUCUGCGGAAAUUUUGGAUUGUAUAUUCGGCAUAACAGAAAAAUCUUUGAUAUUACUAUCUUCAAACCCAUAUCAGCUAACUAUAUAUGAUUUCGAAGGUAAGCCUCUACAAAAAAUUGACUUGAAGGUCGAUACAAUAUUGUCAGGUAAGCCAGAUGAAGAGUGUUACCAUUUAUUCUUGGAUGAGAAAACGUCUAAACUAUUGAUUCAAUUAAGCAACGAAAGGUUACUGGUUUAUUCUUUUGAUAAGAAAAAAAUUGUUUUAAAGGAACAAUUGACUCCAUCAUCAACACUGCCAAUACAGCUCAAUUUAAAUGACAGUAUAAUCUCCAUAUCAUAUAAUAACGGGGACUUUGAGUUUAGAAAUUUAGAGAACUUGAAACCUUUGAUUGACGAAUUCAUCGUAACAAACAUCAACCCCCCAGGAAAUGAAGAGCCUGUCUUGUUUUCUUCAAAUUUGACGGUAGAUUCUAUACCAGUAUUAAUCACCGUGAAUAAAAAUAACGAAGUUCUCUUGCACAAAAUCAAACUAAUUGAUGCAGGCAGAAAAGAAUGA